CUGUCGCCGCCCGACCUGCGCUCGUCGCCGCCCGACCCGCGCCCGGCGCCGCCCGACCCGCGCCUGCGGCAGUCGCCGCUGCCGUACUCCGCGCUCCCCGAGGUGCUAGUGUCGGUGCCUGCUCAUCUUCGCCUACACGUGACCGAGCACUUAGCGCCACAUGCAGAGUUCCUGUUAUGGUUCGCAGAGGACGUGCUGGCCGCCUUAGAUAUGCCGUUCCUGACUCCGCAAAAUAUUAGCGACUGCAACGACUAUACGUGUCACAAAUGUGGCACCACAUUCGACGAGCCCAAUCCGCUCAAGGUUCAUAUGUUCCUAUCCUGUGCCAUUUACGAGCCCGAGCACUUCUGGCGCCGUGUGGUAGCUCGCCUGAGGCCGACCGAGUACUCGGCGGCCGGCCUGGCGCCCGAGCUGGCGCCCGCGGCGCUGGAGGCGCUGGCCACGGAGUGGGGCCGGGCGCGCGGCGGCCACGUGUGCGUGUACUGCGGCAAGCUGUACUCGCGGCGCUACGGACUCAAGAUCCACCUCCGCACGCACACAGGCUACCGGCCACUACGCUGCCGCCAUUGUCGGCGCCCCUUCGGCGACCCCAGUAACCUCAACAAGCACGAGCGCCUGCACGCAGCGCGCGGCCGGGCCCCCGCGCCGGGCCCCGCGGCGUGCCCCGCGAUGGGCCCCACGAUGGGCCCCUACGGGUGCACGCAGUGCGGGCGCGCGUUAGCUCGGCGCCGCGACCUAGAGCGACACAUGCGCACGCACACGCGUGACACUCUCAGUGACACGCACUGACACACUCAGUGACGCGCUCAGUG